GGCGACGUGCGCGCGGUGAAGGGAACGCGGCGCGCAGGCUGCGGCGACAGCGGCGGCCCUGACGGCGGCAGUUGCUGCGCCCGGUACUGUGGUCGCUGCCUGAGGCGCAGGCGCCGUGGGCUCAGCCCGCCCCGGGCCUGGACUCGCUGUGGACUCGUCAUGGCGACCGCGGAGAGGCCUUUCCACCUGGUGGUGUUCGGCGCCUCUGGCUUCACCGGCCAGUUCGUGACCGAGGAGGUGGCCCGGGAGCAGGUGGACCCGGAGCGGAGCUCCCGCCUGCCCUGGGCCGUGGCGGGCCGCUCCUGGGAGAAGCUGCAGCGAGUGCUGGAGAGGGCGGCCCUGAAGCUGGGAAGACCAACACUGUCAUCUGAAGUUGGAAUCAUCAUAUGUGAUAUCGCUAAUCCAGCCUCACUUGAAGAAAUGGCUAAACAGGCAACAGUUGUCCUCAACUGCGUAGGACCAUAUCGAUUUUAUGGAGAACCUGUAAUAAAAGCGUGUAUAGAAAAUGGAGCCAGUUGUAUCGACAUCAGUGGAGAACCUCAGGUAAUACUUUUACAUUUAAAAGCCAUUCUACAAAAAUUGAAUGUCAUUAAGUCAGAUCAGCGUAUCUUCCAUAUCACCUGGUGCAUGUUUCUGGAGCUAAUGCAGUGGAAGUAUCAUGAGAAAGCUGCAGAAAAAGGGGUUUAUAUCAUUGGAAGCAGCGGCUUUGACUCCAUUCCGGCAGAUCUGGGAGUAAUAUAUACCAGAAAUAAAAUGAAUGGUACUUUGACUGCUGUGGAAAGUUUCCUGACUGUACAUUCAGGGCCUGAGGGAUUGAGCUUUCAUGAUGGUACCUGGAAGUCAGCAAUUUAUGGUUUUGGAGAUCAGAAUAGUUUGAAAAAACUGCGACAUGCAUCAAAUUUGAAACCUGUCCCAUUCGUUGGUCCAAAAUUGAAGAGAAGGUGGCCAAUUUCUUACUGUCGGGAACUCAAAAGUUAUUCCAUUCCUUUUAUGGGAUCUGAUGUGUCUGUUGUAAGGAGGACUCAACGUUACUUGUAUGAAAAUUUAGAGGAAUCACCAGUUCAAUAUGCUGCUUAUGUAACUGUGGGAGGCAUCACCUCUGUUAUUAAGCUGAUGUUUGCAGGACUUUUCUUUUUAUUCUUUGUGAGGUUUGGAAUUGGAAGGCAACUUCUCAUAAAAUUCCCAUGGUUGUUCUCCUUUGGCUAUUUUUCAAAACAAGGCCCAACACAAAAACAGAUGGACGCCGCAUCAUUUACGUUGACAUUCUUUGGUCAAGGAUACGGUCAAGGCAUUGGUACUGAUAAGAACAAACCAAAUAUCAAAAUUUGUACUCAGGUGAAAGGACCAGAGGCUGGCUAUGUGGCUACCCCCAUAGCCAUGGUUCAGGCAGCCGUGACUCUUCUAAACGAUGCUUCUGAUCUGCCUAAGGCGGGCGGGGUCUUCACACCUGGAGCAGCUUUCUGCAAAACAAAGUUGAUUGACAGACUCAACAAACAUGGUAUUGAGUUUAGUGUCAUUAGCAGCUCUGAAGUCUAAACAUUUGAAGAAUUAACUGAAGUCAUAAAGUCCACGAAUUAACAGCUUCUCUAUUUGAUAUUUGAAAUUAUUCUGUAAGCCUCUCUAACUAUAUGUGGAAACGUUUGUCAAAUCUAAAAUAUUAAAAGCAGGAAAUUGUCCUAGCUUAUGCUAAAUUUGAAAUCUCAGCUGAUUCUGUGAUUUUAUUGCUUAUGAGGGAGAACUCACAUUUGACAUAUUUUUUUCAUUGUGUUCCUGGUAGAUGUCUGUGAAUGAGCUGGCAGGUCUAAUGAGGGAGGAGGUGUCCCAGGCUGUGUUGUCAGCAGCAUUGCUCAUUGUGGGUGCGCAGACCAGCGUUAGUGCAGGGCAGUAACUGCUGCUCGCAUCGCUGCAGGGUGAAGGAAUCUCACCUUCCGUGUUUCUCUACGUGCUGUCUUGAGCCUUUGCUAAAUGAAACUACACUUUUUCCUAUUUUUGCCUAGUUUUUCACCUAUCUACAGUGAUUAUGGACGGUUACCUAAGUUGGAAAAUCCAGGGUUAUCA